AAAUUGUGAAAUUUACAUCAAUGACAAUAAAAAAAUGCCUUACGGUUUUGGAGUAUCGUCGGAGCAAACCGGUCCUCAGGAAAUCACAAACAACGUACGAUAAUGUUGAACUUUCGGCUAAAAAUUCAUUAAAUGAAGGAUAUCACGCGCAGUGUUAUAAGUUAUUCACAGCGAUUAAAGUACCUUAUAAUUUUCCAAAUCUCGAGCAACAGGAAAGUGCAGCGGAAUGCGAUAAUGCACCGGAAGUUUCUGGGGAGAGUUCCGAAUCGUAUGUUCCUGUUACUUCCACGACAACUCAGGGUGCUGGUACAUCGACAGACGAAGCGGGAGUAUCAAGCAACUUUGAACGAGACUUCGAUUUUUUAUGUAUAUAUUAUAAUUGAAAGAAAUAGAUUUUUUUAUUUGCAUUCUAUUUUUCA